AGGAUAACUCCUAAUAAUUUUUAGCCGGACCAUUUGAACAUACGUAUUUAUUUGUUGGUAAAUUCACAAAGGCGUUGAUAUAAAUAAAAUGCCAGUGUUUGUACUUAACACGAACCUGCCAGCAGGAAAAAUUCCAAAAUCUUUUUUGGCAGAUACGUCAAGUCUUGUUGCAAAGGAAUUAGGAAAACCUGAAGAGUAUGUAUCUGUGCGUGUCAGCCCAGGCCAGAUGAUGAUUUUUGGUGGGACCGAUGAUCCAUGUGGCAUGGUAGAGCUGGAAAGUCUGGGGUCAGUCGGAGGUGCAAAAAACAAGCGUCUGAUUGCAGCCAUUGGGCAUCACAUACAGGAGGCUCUUGGCAUCCCUCAGGACAGGUUUUACAUCAAGAUCACAGAUGUACCUCGUGAGAAUCUUGGAUUCAAUGGAAAGACUUUUUGAAUUCAUUCCAGAAAUCCUGAAUCUUUGUAAUGUCUUUCUGCUAUUAAGACAGAGUAGUCACAGCAGUUUGAGCUGAGACAAAUUUUACUGUUACAUAAAUUGUUAUAUAUAUUAGUUGUAAGUUGAACCAAGUCAUUGAUUAAGUUUCUGAUUUGCUGUAAUUCCUUAAAUCCUACUCAAAACUGUAAUUGGCUUAGAGUACUUUGGGUCUUUUUUAUUUAAUUUUUAAGAUGCUUAGGUGUUGAUUUAGAAUAUAGAUGUGUAGAUGUUACUUACCAAACAUUCACAAGACCUUUUGUUAAAAAAGCAUCUGAUCAUUUUUUGAAAAAAAGUUAGUUUUAACUACAAAAUCAUGUUUAUAUGAUUAGAGGAAUUAGAAAGCAUUUGGUUUGAAUGUCAUCUAAUAGUACAAAGAUUUUCAGUCGUCUUAUGUCUGACCUCUCAUAACUGCCUCAUGACAAGAGUUCUCUUAAUGAUAGUAAAAAUGUUCAAAAACUAGAUGCUUUUAAAACUCACAGUGAGACAUUAGUGUAUCAAUGUCUGACAGAAAAUAAAAUGUACUAAAUUGUGCUAUUAAAAUUAUUACCAUCAUGAUCUUGCAAAUGAUUGACUUUGUAUGUGAGACCAUUUGUCACUAGUCUUAUUUGACACAUGAGCACAAUUGUUGUGACUAAUUUUAAUUUAUUUACUGUUCCAUUGGAAAGGAAUAAGAGCGCUAAAUUUUAUUAAGAAGAAAGAUGGCACAUGCCAGGAUUUUAUAUAUAUAUAGAAAAUUAUUAAUUUUUGUGUGUACACGAAGCAUAGAAGUAUUUUGAUAAAUUUAAUGUUAUGAGAGAAGAAAAGCAAUAAUAGAGAUAGGUGACUAAAAUUCACUGUUUUUUUAAGGCACAACCUUUCAGAUUCAUAAUGAUUCAGGUUUGUAUGUUAGUUCAUGUUUUUGAUGCUUUUUCAUUGACUGUCAGUUCGUUUGUAGUCUUUGAUGUGCAGUUCAUGGGAAAUGUGUUUUACAAAUUCAAUUAUUAUAAUUAAAUAUUUGCAUGUUAGAAA